CCGCGCCCAACUCCCCACUCCUUCCCUUCAUACCUGUGCAACAGCCUGUAAUCUGAGCGCUCAGUCUUCUCCGCUUCGUUUAAAUACCUGGAAUCUUUUAACACUACGAAGAGAAAAAAACCAGAAAGAUCAAAAAGGCACCAGAGCUACAAUACGAUUUGCACAAUUUUACCUUUAACGGUUCGUGAUAUGUUUUACAGACUCUCGGUCUUUCUUUCCAGUAUACGGACUGCCUGAGCUGGACACUUCGCUUAGGGAAGUGGCCUUUUUAAUUCUUCGUGAAGUGAGUCGGUGAAUUCCUUUAACAACAUGGGCAGUAAGGAGCGAUAUCAUUGGCAGACCCAAAAUGUGAAAGUGAGCGGAGUGGAUGACAUGGUUCUUUUGUCUAAAAUCAACGACGAUGCCAUUGUUGAUAACCUUAAGAAGAGAUACAUGGAUGACUACAUAUUUACGUAUAUUGGUCCUGUUCUUAUUUCUGUGAACCCUUUCAAACAGCUGCCUUAUUUUACUGAAAGGGAGAUUGAAAUCUAUCAAGGAGCAGCACAGUAUGAAAACCCUCCCCACAUUUAUGCACUGACUGACAACAUGUACAGGAACAUGUUGAUUGAUGGAGAGAACCAAUGUGUCAUCAUCAGUGGGGAGAGUGGUGCAGGGAAGACUGUUGCUGCCAAAUACAUAAUGGGGUACAUAUCCAAAGUGUCAGGAGGAGGAUCUAAGGUGCAGCAUGUCAAGGAUAUCAUUCUUCAAUCAAACCCCUUGCUAGAAGCUUUUGGUAAUGCGAAGACUGUUCGUAACAACAACUCAAGUCGAUUUGGAAAAUAUUUUGAGAUUCAGUUCAGUCGAGGUGGUGAGCCAGAUGGUGGGAAGAUAUCCAAUUUUCUGCUAGAGAAAUCACGCGUGGUGAGCCAGAAUCAUGGAGAGAGGAACUUCCACAUUUACUACCAGUUACUUGAAGGAGCAUCUCAGGAACAGAAAGAGAAUCUAGGAAUUGCUAGCCCUGAUUAUUACUAUUAUCUUAACCAAUCUGGAACAUUUAAAGUGGAUGAUAUAAAUGACAAGCGGGAAUUUACUGAGACAAUGAAUGCAAUGAAAGUAAUAGGACUGAGUUCUGAUGAGCAGACCUUGGUAUUACAGAUUGUGGCUGGGAUUCUUCAUCUGGGGAACCUUUCUUUCCAGGAGUCUGGAAACUAUGCAAUUGUGGAUAGUGAAGACUUCCUUGCUUUCCCAGCAUAUCUGCUAGGAAUUGACCAGGCACGCCUGAAGGAAAAACUGACUAGCCGUAAAAUCGACAGUAAAUGGGGAGGCAAAUCUGAGACCAUUGAUGUAACACUCAAUGUAGAGCAAGCAUCUUUCACUCGUGAUGCUCUUUCAAAGGCCUUGUAUUCCCGGAUAUUUGACUUUCUUGUUGAUGCUAUCAAUAAAGCUAUGCAAAAGGACCAUGAAGAGUACAACAUUGGUGUCUUGGACAUAUAUGGCUUUGAAAUAUUCCAGAAAAAUGGAUUUGAGCAAUUCUGCAUCAACUUUGUAAAUGAGAAGCUGCAGCAGAUUUUUAUUGAAUUAACUCUGAAAGCUGAACAGGAGGAAUAUGUGCAAGAAGGGAUAAGGUGGACUCCUAUUGAAUAUUUUAAUAACAAAAUUGUUUGUGAUCUCAUUGAGAGCAAAGUGAAUCCAGUAGGUAUCAUGAGCAUCCUUGAUGACGUAUGUGCUACAAUGCAUGCAAAAGGCGAAGGCGCAGACCAGACACUGAUUCAAAAGCUCCAGAUGCAGAUUGGCACACAUGACCAUUUCAAUAACUGGAACAAAGGCUUUAUUGUACACCACUAUGCUGGCAAGGUGUCUUAUGAUGUGGAUGGUUUUUGUGAAAGAAACCGUGAUGUACUGUUUACUGAUCUGAUAGAGCUUAUGCAGUCUAGUGAGUUCUGCUUUAUUAAGGACCUCUUUCCAGAGAACCUUAAUGCAGAGAAGAAAGGGCGUCCCACCACAGCCAGCAGCAAGAUCAAAAAACAGGCAAAUGACCUGGUCAAUACUCUCAUGAAAUGCACUCCCCAUUAUAUCCGUUGCAUCAAACCCAAUGAAACAAAGAAAUCCAGAGACUGGGAGGAGAGUCGUGUCAAGCAUCAGGUGGAAUAUUUGGGGCUUCGAGAGAAUAUCCGUGUGCGGCGAGCUGGUUAUGCCUUUCGACGGAUCUUCAGGAAGUUCUUACAGAGGUAUGCCAUUUUGACUCGUGAGACAUGGCCAUGCUGGCGAGGAGAGGAACGUGAAGGGGUCCUUCAUCUGUUACGGUCUGUAAAUAUGGAGAGUGACCAGUACCAGCUGGGCAAGUCAAAGAUUUUUAUAAAAGCGCCUGAAUCGUUGUUCCUGUUAGAGGAAAUGCGAGAAAGGAAAUAUAAUGGCUAUGCCCGGGUCAUUCAAAAAGCCUGGAGGAAACACACUGCAGUCCGUAAAUAUAUCCGUAUGAGGGAAGAAGCCUCAGAUAUUGUCCUUAACAAGAAGGAGCGUCGUAGAAACAGUAUUAAUCGCAACUUCAUGGGAGACUACAUUGGAAUGGAUAACCAUCCUGAGAUUCGUCAGUUUGUUGGGAGACGGGAGCGCAUUGACUUUGCAGAUGUUGUCGUUAAGUAUGAUCGCCGUUUCAAGACAGUUAAACGAGACCUCUUGCUGACACCUUUGUUUCUUUACUUGAUUGGACGCGAGAAGGUGAAGCAGGGUCCAGAAAAGGGGAUGAUCAAGGAAGUACUGAAAAGGAAAAUUGAGAUUGAUAAAAUUCAGUCUGUCUCUCUCAGCACACUACAAGAUGAUAUUUUCAUCAUCCAUGAACAACAAUAUGACAGUGUUUUAGAGUCUACUUUCAAGACAGAGUUUUUCAGCCUUCUGUAUAAGCGGUAUGAAGAGAAAUGUAAGCGGAGAUUAUCAUUUAAGUUCAACAACCUACUGGAGUUUAAAGUCAAGAAGGAAGGAUGGGGCCCUUGGGCUGCUGCUGGCUCGAGACAGAUACAGUUUCAAAUGGGGGCUGGUGAGCAAGCAGUCCUUAAACCAACUGGGAAAGUGCUGAAUGUCACCAUUGGACAGGGCCUUCCAAAGAACUCAAGACCCACAAGACAGGAUCGGAGGAAGAGUGCUUAUUUUGUAAAUCACGGUCCUAACCCUGGAUAUGAGACAUCAGGGUCAAAGAAAGAUGGACCUGCCCGGCAAAGAAAUGGUGGACAAAACCAAGUGCAUAAGCCUCAAGCUGCAAUGCGACGGUCUCUUCUCUCUCGUCAGUCCAGUACGGAUCAACCAUCCCUGCCUAAACAGAGGGCAAGCAUUCGCCAACAUGACCCCAGUAUGCGGCUAAACAUGGAUUUCAUGAAUGUUCCAGACCAGGGUGCUGCAGGCCUGCAGCGCCGCCUUUCCAAAGAAGUGAAGCCAUUGCCAGGAGGAGGCAGAGGCAAGCCGACCCCUAAGCCUAAGCCUGUGCCGAGGGCACCUCAGUGUCGGACUCUGUAUGCGUAUGACGCCCAAGAUACGGAUGAGCUAAGCUUUAAUGCCGACGACGUUAUCGAAAUCAUUCGUGAAGACCCCUCUGGCUGGUGGGUGGGACGUAUUCGAGGCAAGGAAGGCUUGUUCCCUGGAAAUUAUGUGGAGAAGAUCUAAACACUUGCUAAAGAAUACAGAAGUGGGAGGCCUGCGAAAUGGAGAAAUUCAGACAUGAAAAGCACCAAUCAAUAUCUGGAGGACUACAGGAAAGCUGCUGGGAAUCAUGGGAGAACUCGGUGGGAAGACAAAGGUGAAAGUGACAUGCAGAUGUGCCCACACCUGCACCCAGGCUGGUAAAUAAUGUGGUGAUCAUGGCAUUAUCAGGGCACUUUGUGUUGUCAGGCUGAGUUUAAUGUUUUCAGGAAUUUACACUUCCAAGGUAUCUGGAUGAUUUUUGUUUCCUUUCAGGUAAUGGGGUAGAGAAUAUUGUGUAUAUUGAGACCAGUAUUUAUUCAGUUUAAAAUUUCUCCCAUUUACAUUUUGGGGAAAUGGUGUGUUUUUAAAUAUUUUUUUUUUUAAAGGUACUGCCACCAGGUGGCACAAAGCCUUCUUAUUUUCAUAACUUUUCAGUGCCAUCAUGCUGUAUGUUGAACUUUGAAUACUAAACAGCGGUGUUCAGUAUACUGUAAAUCUAUCAGAAUGUCUAUUUUGCACAGUUUAUAUUUAGUAUUCUACAGGUGAUAAAGGAGAAAUCGGCCAUUCCCAUGCUCCACGUCCAAGAAAAUAUACUGUGGUAGAAAAAUACAUGAAUAGGAACCUCACGGGGCUGUUGCACAUUUUUAAUGCAAACAAGAUAUUUUAAUUGGGGGGAAAAACUUUUAUACAUCACUUUUUUAGUGAAUAAAAGAAUUAUUUACAGGAAA